AUGAGGGUGCACUUUGUGAUUACAGUGAUUGCGGAGGAAAACCCUAUUGAUUACGGAGAACAGGCGAACACCGAUGCCGUCAAACUGAGGGCUUAUACAUUGGUUGAGCCCAUCGGACAGAUAAUGAAAACGGCAGAGAAACGAUACAAAAAGCAGGGCUUGACUGUACCCAUAGAGUUCUACGGAGAUGUUAAGGACUUUGUAGUGGCAACCCUACCAUGGGUGUUCGACCAGUUUAAAGCUAUCGGUAACGAGACUGAUAGAGAGCGAGUGACCGCACAAUUCAUUGGUGAAGUCCACGGCUUUAAUUAUAUGAGCAAACGAUUGGACAAAAUCCGGUUGAAUACUCCACUGAAUGUACCAGGUUCAACCACAGAGUUGCUUGGUAAAAUUCAACAAACUGAAAAGUUUAUUCUGGAAUCACUCGAUCACGAAAUGGCCAUCGCUUCCCAUCCAGUCUGGACAGCGUUUCACCUCAGGAUAAAAAACUUUAUGACUGCUGAAUUCCCGAAAUUGUACAAGGCCAUUAACAAACUGCCAUUUGAAGAGGCUAAACUGAAAAACCUCCAGGUGCUGCUCGCGGAUCUCUCGCACGCUACCCUACCACCACUAUAAAUUAUUUAUUUAUUUAAUACUUGGC